AGGCUUGGAACCCUUAGACUCCCUUAGAUGUGUUAAUAACUUCAAAGACAACUGGACAUGUCACUGGACAGAAAUGGUGAAAGUGCGAGAAAUUCUUCCUGUGAGACUCUACCACUGGAAUAAUCUGGACAGAUUCAGACAUCGCUGUGAUCCCUUUGACUCUCAGAAUCAGGAAGAUGGGAAAGUUCUUAUAAGUUGCCGCUUUAAUGACAUCUUCAGCUCUUUAGCAACUACCAAUUUCACCUUCAUAACAGAACGGGAUGUACAUACAGAGACUUGCAUUAUACCAGCAUCUAUAGUUCGAAUGCUGCCGCCAGAAGAUCUUAAGGUCCAAAAGUCGGACAAUGUCAAAAUCAGUCUGACCUGGAAGAUGCCAAAAAAACACAUCUUCUGCAUCUCUUUUGUACCAAGUCAAGUACUGCAGAAAGGAUUCAGAAACAUGGGA